CCCUCACGCCCACCGGUGAAAUUAUUAUGCAGCGAUGGUGGAGAAGAAAAUAGCAGUGCGAUCCCAGGACCCAGGCCAGCGGCGCGUUUUGGACUGCGCUACGCGCCAGCGACGCUUAACCAGACAGCUAGAGGCACUUGAAAAGGACAAUUUCCAGGAUGAUCCUCAUGCCAGCCUACCCCAGCUGGCCAAGAGGCUCCCUCAGUUUGAUGACAGCAAUGAGUCUGGCAAGAAGAGGAAGAAGACAAGAGGAGAUCAUUUCAAAUUGAGAUUUCGGAAGAACUUCCAGGCUGUACUGGAGGAAGAGGAACUAAGUGGGAAUGAGGGACCUAACUACCUGACUGCUUGUGCCGAGCCCUCCAAACUGCCGCAGCGCCACUUCUGUGCCGUGUGUGGCUUCCCGUCUCCCUACACCUGCAUUUCCUGUGGGGCACGCUACUGCUGUGUCCGCUGCCUGGGCACACAUCAUGAAACCAGGUGUCUGAAGUGGACUGUGUGAUGCUCUCAGCUGGUACGUGUGAAUGGCUGCCUCAUUUUAUUGCUUGAUCAUCAACUGAAGGACAGGUUUCUUUUUUGUGCAGCAUCAGAGUAUCUGAAUGAGCUGUAUGACUCCCGUCCAGUGAGUCUGAAUGAGUUGUUUGACUCCCAGUCAGUCUGAAUGAGCUAUAUGACUCCCGUCCGUCUGAAAGAGCUAUAUCACUCUCGUCCAGUCAGUCUGAAUGAGCCAUAUGACACCCAUCCAGUCAGUCUGAAUGAGCUGUAUGACUCCCUUCCGUAGGCUGAAUGGGGACUGUGCUGUUGCUGUCGCAACAGGCAUGUGGUGAUCUGAUGGGAGCCCCUGCAUGAGAUAGCGAUAACGCAGAAAGUGAAUGGUGUUCGCUCCAUAGUGUGCGUCUGCGCUUCAGCCUAGGCCUGAAUUUGACAAUCAUAUACUGAACAAAAAUCAAAACGCAACAUGCCAUAAUUUCAACCAUUUUACUGAGUUAAAGUUCAUAAAAGGAAAUCAGUCAAUUGAAAUCAAGUAAUUAGGCCCUAA